UCUUCGCUUCGUUUAGUUAACAUCACUUCCCCACCGCCUGGAAAGCAAACACGCUUCUGAAGCUGCGGAGGAAGAGAAGUGAGAUCGAUGUGAGUGAGUGUCCGCAGAAAGCUGUCAGCUGUCAGCACCUGGAGCCUCUCGACCAAAAGCCUGUGCUUCCUCUUCUUCUUCUUCUUCUCCUUCUUCUCCUUCUCCUACUUCUUCUUCUUCUCCUCCUCCUCCACAGGAGCCGCGAGGCUACGGUGUCGCUCACUUUAGUCACUCAUUUGCGGGACACUUGUGAAAAGUCUGCGGAGUCUCUUCUGGGCAUGGAGACACCGCUGCUCUGACUGAUAAUCGGAUUUUUUCCCCUGCACAUUCUUCCUUCUGAAUAAUGGAGAGUUGACGGCUUGAGAGGAACCUGACUAACAGCAGUGCGACGGGAUAAAGAGGAUAAAGCUCUCUCCACAGAGGCAGGGCUUUUUAUUGUCUAUCUAAAUCUCAUCAGAUCUACUGCAGAACCAGCUGACAGGGGAAAAGUGUCAUGGCUGCAUAUGGACAGACUCAGUACAGCCCCGCCCUCCAGCCUGCAGGACCAUACGCACCUUACACUCACCACACACAGGGCUACAGCAUGCCAUCGUACAACAUUAAAACAGAGGACGGCGUGAGUCACUCUCCAGGACAGACAGGACUGUUGGGAUACUCAAACUUCAGCAGCACUCCUCCCAGUCAAAGUCUCUACAGCUACUCACACACACAUGGUGGUGGUAUUUCAUCUGGAAUUUUUCAAGGAACCCAUGCAAUCUCCAGUUCAACGCCAUUCAACCCUACCCAACAAGAGUUUUCAGCGUACUCAAGCUACAGUCAGAGUCAGUACUCUCCAUAUUACAACUACAACAGUCCCUACCUAACCAGCAGCAACAUCAGCCCUGCUGCCAUCACAGCUCCGCUAGCCUAUCAGCACCCAGAACACCCUGUCAUGCUGCCCAAUCACAGCCCAGAGUCACAUACAGGCGAGUACCAUCCACCACCCAGCCCCCCCACACCAGGUAAAGAGGAAGGAGUUGCAGCACGGAGGGGGUCAGAUGGGAAGUUGAGAGGGAGGAAAAGAGUCAGUGACCCUGCUCCACCUCUGGACUCUGAUAUAGAGCGAGUGUUUAUCUGGGAUCUGGAUGAAACCAUCAUCAUUUUCCAUUCACUCCUCACGGGAACCUUCUCCUCACGAUUUGGCAAGGACUCCUCAAAGGCGGUGUCUCUUGGUUUGUGGAUGGAGGAGAUGAUCUUCAACCUGGCUGACUCAAGACUCUUCUUCAAUGAUCUGGAGGAAUGUGACCAGGUUCAUAUUGAUGACGUGGCAUCAGACGACAACGGACAGGACCUGAGCACUUACAACUUUGGAUCGGACGGUUUCCAGAGCCCAGCAGGGGCCGGCUCUCUCUGCCUGGGGUCUGGGGUCCACGGUGGGGUGGACUGGAUGAGGAAACUGGCUUUCCGAUACCGCAGAGUCAAGGAGAUCUACAACACAUACAAGAACAAUGUUGGCGGUUUGCUGGGCAGCCCCAAACGAGAGGAGUGGUUACAGCUGAGGAGAGAGAUGGAGGUCCUGACUGACCUGUGGCUGACUCAAGCACUCAAAGCCCUGGCUCUCAUCAACUCAAGGCCUAACUGUGUGAAUGUGUUGGUGACUACCACCCAACUCAUCCCAGCUCUCUCCAAGGUGUUACUGUACGGUCUAGGCUCAGCCUUUCCAAUAGAGAACAUAUACAGUGCCACCAAGACAGGCAAAGAGAGCUGCUUCGAGCGUGUCUCUCAGAGAUUUGGUCGGAGAGCAGUGUAUGUGGUGAUAGGAGAUGGAGCCGAAGAAGAGACCGUGGCCAAGAAGAAGAACAUGCCGUUCUGGAGGGUGUCCUGCCGGGCUGACCUGGAAGCUCUGAGCCAUGCACUGGAGCUGGAUUACCUCUAGAGGGCACCAGCUAUCACAUUCUUCUCUUUCACCUUAAUCAUGAAAUGCUCAUGAAAUGCAGAGUGCAGCAAGCAGGUGAGGAUGCCCCCAGAGACUGAUUCAGAGUCAGUAGUGCUAUUUUAAGUAAGCACCCAGAUGGACAAUUUCACAGCACAGGCAAAGGGACUGUGAGGAUUUUGAACUGGGGCUGCAUAAACAUAAAGCUAAAAAUGCUGGACCAAAAUAAAAAAGACCAAAGUAGAAUAGGGGACCAAAACUUCAUAACUAACCACAGGGAACUGUGGUUAAUACUGAAAAUACUUGUUUUUAAAACAAAAAAAAAUAAUUCACUUCAUCUCAACUUUAUGGAUGGUAGCCCACUUAGAUACACAAACAAGUGUUGCACUGAAUGCUAAAUCUUAUACCCUGUUUAAUGAACACGGUGAGAAUGUCUGCACAGACGAGAAGCUCAGAUUGGUGUUAGACUGUUUGUUCUGCUGUGUCUUUUUAUAUUUGUUGUGAGACUUAAACUCUUUUUUUUCGCUGUCCAAUACUAUUUGAAAGACAAAUGUUAGAAACAGGUUGAGAUGUUAUGUGGGAUAGAUUUGGUUUUCACUAUUAUUUUAUAAUUGUUUUAUUCAUUUGUUGGAUAGAUAAAUGCCUAAUAACAUUCUCCUCAUAGUUAAAGGCUAUUGAAAAUAGUCUGUAUCUUACCAUUACAAUGUGAGCUAUUUAUUGUUGGUUCAAUUCUACAAAACAAUGAGGUUUAUUUACUUUGGGAGUUUGGCAUUAAAAAAAUCCCUUCAAAGACCAAAAAUCUGCUCUUGUAAAAAUGUUUUGAUAAGAAGUUGUCUUGAAGAUGCUGUAUUAUAGGCUAGUGCUCAAAUCCUUACUGUUGAUUCUGGGUUGUAUAUGUUUUCAUGUUUUAAUUCCUCUUCUUUUCUGUACUUGUUUACUUUCCAUAAUAAUCUGUUUGUAAUAUAGAUGAACUGGUAUGGUUGUGCAUGUGCCUAUUACACUGCCUGUCAGCUUAGCUAUGUUUGUAUAUAAUGCUUUAUUGUCGAUUUGUUUUGACAGAGUGAAAAUAGAUUAAUAAAAAUAAAUUAAUUACA